ACACUUCGCCUCGGUGAAAUCAUUUCCUGGUUGAGUUCCCAUGCUUGUUUUGUGCCUUUUCGCUGUUUAGCAGCACGUUUUUUCACCACAUUCCAAUUUAGUUUUGUAGUGAAUCAUCACAACAUGGCCAAAGACAAGUCUGUGAAAUCUGAAUCGCAUUCAUCCAAACGGAAAAAGUUGGCUCCAGAUACCACAAUGGAUGCUGAGGUCAAAAAGAAAAUGAAAAAGAAGCAGGUAGAGGAGGCUCCUGAGCAGAUUCCUGAUGUCACAAUCACAGAAGCAGAUGCUACAAAACAGAAAAAGGACAAGAAACACAAAAAGAAACCAGUGACAGAGCAAACACACACUCAAAAAGCUAAGAUUUCAGAUCCACCCUGUUGCGGCCCCCCCGAGGGGACACACGAGCUGGAGGGAGAGGAGGACUUGAGUCCCGAGGAGAAGCGGGUCCUCGAGAGGAAGAUGAAGAAGAUCCUGAAAAAGGAGGAGAAGAAGAAGAAGAAGAAGCUCGAAGCGGAGGGAGAGGCGUCACAGAAAACUGAAGCCUCCGGACCCACCGCACCUCAGCACGCUCUGGAUUACCUCACAUGCUGGGCUGAGAACCGUACCGCGUGGAAGUUCCAGAAGACCAGGCAGACGUGGUUACUGCAGCACAUGUUCGACUCUCAGAAGAUUUCAGACGAUAAUUUCUCCGUGCUGCUUCAGUACCUGGAGGGUCUUCGUGGCACGGCGAAGGACACUUCAGUGCAGAAGGCCUUGGCUCUGGUUGAGGAGUCAGGACACACACCAGAUGAUGCAGUCGUCCAGCAGAGGGCGCACAGAGCCAGAGAAGUUAUCCAGCUGCUGUCCUGACCAUCAAGUACAACAGGAGGGCAUCACAUAAUAAACAGAGAGACCAAACUCUGAUCAUCUGUGGACUAAACAUUUAACCAGAUCUCAUCUUUUGACAAACUGUUGCUUCAUGUAGUUUUUGUUUUUCUUUAAAUGAUCCCCAUCGAAUAGUAGUUUAGGGACAGUAGGGACAGAAGAUGACUAUUAGCCCAAAAUGUUAAGAAUUAAGUCAACGUUCAUGGCGACGAGAGACAUAAACAUCCAGACCAAAGAAAAAGAAAAAGAGAAACCUUUGGAGAGGAAAAAAAGUCUUAGGAAUGUUUGUACUCGAGUCAUGUUUGAGCUUGUUGAGGCUCCAGCGUGAGUGAAAACACUGAGAAUAACUGUUCUUACCCAGGCGAGGUAUAAACACAAAGAGACAAAUCCACAUUUAUGUUAAAUAUGUCAAUUACAGAUUUAUAUUUGCAUGAAAAUACAGCACGACUGACCUUUUUUAAAUAUGUUUCUGUCUCUGUAUGAAUCCGUACAUAUAAAGAAACUAUCCUCCA